UUUCACUUCUCUUUCUUUCCCUCUCUUUUUUCUUUUCUCGUCUCUUCUCUUCCCAUUCCACAACUUUACAUACCGCGCAUCCAUACUGCUAUUUUACGUUCACUUUUAUCUUUUUACUAUCCAGCUUCAUUCUCUCACACCAAUUAUAAACUUUGUAUUCGCCGUUCAUCAGAAUUAACGAAAAGCAAAAACCAAGAAGCACCUUUUUGAUACUCCAAAGAAGCAGCAAAAUGAAGUUUUCUGCUAUAUCCAUCGCUGGAGCUGUCAUGCUCGUCAUGGCUAGCCAGAACCAGCCGGUAGAAGCCAAGGGCCUCGCAUCAUGGUUCCAUCGGGGUCGCGACGACCAUCAUCACCAGCUUCAGGACCCUAUCAAAGCUCGACGCAAUAACGAUGGCCAAAAAGAUAUGGACCAAGCCUUUGAUAUCGUUCAUGCCUCCAUUGUAGGCCCCACUGACUUGCCCACUACAACGCCUGCCUGCUGUCCUGCCGAUGGGAAACAGCAUGCAUGCUCCUGUUCAGCAGGAGCAGGGGCCUCUUGCCCAAACACUCUUUCAAGUGUCCAUCACAAUCUCCAACAUCAGUUUUCUGCUCCCUAUGAUUCUCAUCACAGCGUGGUUGGAUAUGACUCGCAUCAGACCCAAGCACCCGUCCAUGCAGGCGACAGGGCUGGAAACAAAGCUCAUGUAAAGAGAACCGGCACAGGUGCUCCCUCGGAGACCAACAAGGCCACAAUGUCGAACCCCUCAAAGGCCCCAGAUGAGUCGGACCUGAAACACACGGCUUGGAUGGAGUCUAUUCAAAACAACAUGAAGAACCUGGCAGAGUCGCUCUGGUCCCUUGCUCCCAAUACGGGUGAUGAGUUGAUUUUUACAGAAGAAGCAACUGAUGUCAGCGGCGAUGGUGCUGAAGACGGCGGGGCUGCUGCCGGUGGAGCAGCCGUAGAGGAAGCAGCCGAUGCGAAUUCCCCUGGUUUUGGUUCUGGCCUUGUCCGCGUUAUCACCAAAAGUGGAGAAGUUCUCUGGGAAAAGGCCAAACAUUCUCGACAAGCAUCCAGCAGCAAUGAUGACAACAAAUACAGAAAGAGCGACAAUGAUCGCGAAGAAGAGGAUGACAACGACGAUGACAAUGAUGAUUCCAACAGCAGCAUGAAUGACAUGUUGUUCGGUGAUAGUGGAGAUGAUCAGGUGGAGGCAUUGGACGAUGCAGAUCCUAUGUUCAGUAUUUUGCCAAUUAAACGAUUGUUGAAGGUCGUUCCAGGCGUCCGAAGCUUCAUGCACGAAGACGAUACUGAUCCCGACAAAAAGAACAAAGAUGAUCAGAAGCAGAAGCAAGGCGAAGCGGAAAAGAAUGAGGAUCAAGAGUCAUCCAAUGAACCCACAUUCCGUAUCUUGCCGGUCAAAAAUGUAAAGAAGGCUAUGUCCAAAAUGUGGGAUCACCACCACGACGAUGAUCAUUCAUCGGACAAACAUGAGCAUGCUGCAAAAGACGCUGCUUUCACUGGAAUGAAGGAUCAAGCGGAGGAGCAGAAGCAGCCCAAGAUUGCGCUUUCUCAGGUCAUGAACCCACAGGAAAUGACUCGCCAAGAUGUGAGCUACCCUGAAGACAAAUACUAUGAAGACAACGAAGAUGACGAAGAUGACGACGAUGAUGAUGAGGAGGAGGAGGAUGAAGAUGAAGAUGAAAUGGGUCGCGUCCGUGACGACAGCAUCUUGGCCGAGGUGAUAAAUUUCCUUCCUGGUUAUGGGCAUAAAAAAAAACACGAUCAAGAGCAACAGCAUCAGCAACAAAAGCGUUCCAUGCAGGAAGAGGUUGAGUAUGGGGCGAGCAAGGUCAAGACUGCUGCCUCUUCUGCCUCUUCUGCUGCUUCCACAGCCUCCGAAAAGGUGAAUGACAAUGUGAAGACAGGCAAAAACUUUUUCUCUCAAAAGAAACACGAUUUCGAAAAGUCGAGGGCGGCCCGUAAGCUUUCGAAAGCUGAGAAGCAAGCGAAGAAGGAGGCCAAGCGUCUAGCGAAACAAAAGGCUGCGGCUCUCAAAGCCGAGGCCAUGCUCGAAAAGGAGGAGACGAAGCUUCAUUCGACCCUGAACAAACAGGCUACUGAACAUGAGGCUCAACAAAAGAAGGCUGCAAAGAGGGCCGCAAAAGACGAAGCUUCUUUGUUGAAGAAGCGAGACAGUCAAGAAGCCAAGAUCGACAAGGAGACAGCGGCUCAUGUGGAUGCAUUGAAAGCCGAGAUCAAUAAGGAGAACAAAGAGCACCAGAAGCAUAUCAAGGCCGAGGAUAAGAAACACGAGACUGUGAUCAAGACGACUGAGAAGAAGAUUAAAAAAGAGGAGGAGGAUGCGGCUGCUAAGAAACAGACGGUCGAGAAGAUGACGGAGGAGGAAUUAAAGAAGCAACAUGAACAGGAGAAGAAGGCUGCAGAAGCUUUAGACAAGAAGGAGGCUUCGGAGGUGAAGAAGGAGGAGCAGGAAUUGAAGAAGCGUCAAGCUGAGCUGAACAAGGCUAUCAAGGACCAGAAGAUGGUGGAGCAUCAGGCAGACGAGGCCAACAUCCAGGUCGAAAAAGCCAGACAGGCAGCAAUGCGUGCCGAAAAUUUGUAAAAAGUUUUUUUUCUUUGUAAAUACUUUACCGAUCACUUGUCAAAUAGUCC